GUGGAAGGGGUUCCGGGAUGGCUUCCCAGGUGGGGAGAGGUGCCGGAAAGUUAAAGGGAGCCGCGCGUGGCGGUUGGUGACCGGCCACGGGGAGGAGGCGAGCGGGCUGCUCUCGCGCGCGGACGGAUGCGUCUGCCCGCCAAGCGCGCGGACCCGAGUCCCGGCCCCAGCUCCUGCCGUCGCCGCCGCUGCCCCUGCCACCCCCGCGCGGAUGCUGCGGCGGGCUGGCGCAUCUGGACCUCGGGGCUUAUGAGCUGUACCAGGGUUCUAGCCUAUUCGUCUAACCCCAUGAUGGCAGUGGACAUAGCGUGCAGAUACAGCUGCAUGGCCCCUUCCCUGCGCCAAGAGAGGUUCGCCUUCAAGACCUCACCGAAGCCAAGUGAACCACUGAGGCCGUGCAUCCAGCUGAGCAGCAAGAAUGCAGCCAGCGGGAUGGUGGCCCCCACCGUCCAGGAGAAGAAGGUGAAAAAGCGGGUGUCCUUCGCAGACAACCAAGGGCUGGCCCUGACAAUGGUCAAAGUGUUCUCAGAAUUCGAUGACCCAUUAGAUAUUCCGCUGAACAUCACCGAGCUCCUAGACAACAUUGUGAGCUUGACGACAGCAGAGAGCGAGAGCUUUGUUUUGGAUUUCAUGCAGCCUUCCGCUGAUUACUUAGACUUUAGAAACCGGCUUCAGACCGACCACGUAUGCCUUGAAAACUGUGUCCUGAAGGACAAAGCCGUCGCAGGCACGGUGAAGGUGCAGAACCUGGCAUUUGAGAAGAUGGUGAAAAUAAGAAUGACAUUCGACACCUGGAAAAGCUUCACAGACUUUCCCUGUCGCUAUGUGAAGGACACUUACGCCGGCUCGGACAGGGACACGUUCUCCUUUGACAUUAGCUUGCCUGAGAAAAUUCAGUCGUAUGAGAGGAUGGAGUUUGCCGUGUGCUUUGAGUGCAGUGGGCAGACUUACUGGGACAGCAACAAAGGCAAAAACUAUAGGAUCAUCCGAGCCGAACUACAAUCCACUCAGGGCACCGCCGAGCCACCAAACGGGCCCGAUUUCGGAAUAUCCUUUGACCAGUUUGGGAGCCCUCGGUGUUCCUACGGUCUGUUUCCAGAGUGGCCGAGUUAUUUAGGAUACGAAAAGCUGGGGCCCUACUAUUAGUGACUGCUUGUGUUGGAGCUCGGCUGAGCAGGUGCGGAGAAGCCUCGCUGCGGUCAUGGGCGCGUGGAGACGGAGGCCAGGAGGAGCGCUCAACUGCCAUUCGGCACAGUCUUCGGAAAGAAAGGAUCCUAUUCACUUGUUUUCUUAAGCCAGCAAAGCCAACCAGGUUUUAGAUCACAGGACUGGUUUCACACUCAGAGUAGAUGUGAGGUGCUGGUCGGCUGGGCACCCAGGGCGGCCACGGGGGUCGGAGCAGGACCCAGGCCCGCGGGCAUUGCCGGGGACGCUGGAGGACGGUGGCUUCAUAACGAGGCCACCGGGACGCGCCCCGGCUGCCUGGAGGAGCGGCUCCUGCCCCCUGGGAUGUGGACAGUCACCUGGAAGUCACUCCAUCCCCAGCCACCUCCCAUGGGACCCUUGCCGUUCAUCUCUGGGCGCUCCCCACCCAGCCGUGUCCUUCCUGCCUGUCACUGCUGUUCCUUGUGUCCACGUACUCUACUUCACACUUUAGCUCUGUGGUUUUUGCUGGUUUUUUUUUUUUUUUUUUUUGCAUUUUUGUUUUCUUCACUGUUCAUCUGAUGUUCAGGAAAAGAUAAGGCAAAUUAGCCUGUGAUGGAAACAGGCGCUUCCUCUUCCUGACCCCACAUAUAUGUGUUCCAGCAGAGAAGGACAUACCAGUUAUCCAAAGUAACUUGGCUCCUAUGCGGGGUUCCAGACUGCAGGCUUCUGACAGGCAGGACCGCGAGGGGACACCGGUGGCUUUUCCUCUUGGCUUUUGGGGGAGCUUUCGAAGUACCCACUCCUAUCCUGAGUCACCAGACAGCCUAAUUACAAGAUUUGCUGGAACUUGCUCGGCUGGUUUGCAGGCAUCUCAUUCUUCCCAGAGGGAUUUUAGACUCUCCUUUCCUAGAGAGCCCUCCUCCAUGCUGUGUCCAGGACAUCUUGAUUUGCAGAUCUGAUGGAUCCUCAAAACAUCUACUUUGACUAUGAUCUGCGCUAUCCAGGACCCUUUGCAAGCACCCAGGGACUUUGAUUUGGGUGUUCUUAUUUAUGGUGUGUGAGUAUAUAUAAAAGGGAUAGAGGAGAAAACCCUCACCAAGUUCUCAUAUUUUAUUUUCAAAGUGUGGCAACUCUGAAAUAUCAGAGAAGAAUUGUUCUUACCCAUAUUGGACCAUGAAUUAAAAGUCUCUUUUAAAAAGUUCAUACUGUCGUGAGACUCCUGGGACAUUCACUGACAGAUGGAUCCCCAAACCCUGUAAUUCUUCGGGGUGAGAUUGGUUUGUACUUGGGGGUGUUUAAAAAAUAUUUUUACAUAUGUAUUGGGAGAAGGUUGGGGUUUUGUUUUUUUUUCUGUUUUGUUUUUGGAGCUUAAUUAAAUGACUGUCUCGUUUUCCAUUUGCCUGAUUUUAGUAAAGUGAGAUUUUCCUAAGCAAGGCAGGAAGAGGGAUCCACAGCUGCCUGGAUUUGGAGGCCCAGCCACUGGACUCUGCAAGCAGAGAGUCAUCUUUUGCUUGCAUAUUCCAGAUCAAUUGGAAGAGGCAUCCUGGCUUCUGUGGCUUUGUCAGUUAGUGUCAGGCAGGGAUGGAGUGUCUUGGCUCCUAGAGUUUUGUGGUUGGUUUUUUGUUCCCCUUCUUUUUUGAACUUUACAAUGUUUUGACUUUUUAAAUGUUCUUAAGUGAUGUUUGAUGUAAUUCUUGUUCCUAAAACUGGCUGUUACUCGUCUGUGAUCUAGUGCUUUAUUUUUUAUGCCUCUCCCAGAAGGGUAGGACUCGGGGAUCACAUAAUAUAAUUUAUGGGAAAAUCGCAUUUUUAUCUUACGCUGAAAUUGGGCAGAAUUGUGUUUUAUCUAGACAUAUCUAUAUCAGAUACAGAAACGGGACUUUCAGUGUCACAGUCUGGUGAUCAGAACUAUCGAUAGUGCAAAUCAAAACCGAAUGGAAGCAAACCAUUUUAUAUAGGUCGUGAAUUUAUUUUGUUUUGAGAAGUCCAGUCCCUCCUCCUCCAAGUCAAGAAAGGUACCAGGUGCCCUGUCAUUUAUGUGUUACCAGACUGCAAGUAACAAGAUCAUUCUGUAUUCAAAAGAAAAAUGCCUCAAGAGACGCCUGUUUGGUUUUCAGUAAUGGUGAUCUUAAGACAUUCCCGUGUCAAAAUUUGAAAUAUGGUAAUUCAGCAAUAAGGAGCUCUUAAAAGCAGCUAUAAGCCCUCCCCUCCCCCAUCCUUACUCCCAGCUCACCCCAGCUUUUUUGCUGGGGGCACUGGUUGCAAAUCCCCCGCCGGUGCACCUGGGAUGCUCGCCCUACCAGGCAAGUUGUCACCUGCCUCAAAGACCCUUCUCUGACUAGAGAAUGUGGUUGCGAGACUUUCCUGUCAGCCUCGUCAUUCAGGGAGGCAGGGGCCUCUGAAGAAUACUGUCUUAUUCACCAGUCUCUCUCCCUUGGGCCCAGUUCUGUCCCAGGAUAUCAACGGAUGGUCCCAGGAUCUGCAGAACCCCUCCUUAUUUCGGAGCUCACCAUCAGUAAGUAGGUCUCCACACUUCAGACAGUGACAGAUUUCUUAGUUGGAGACGUCACUGCAGCCUGACUUGGGGGUUUGCCCCUCACACAGCUGUUGGUGAUGGGGACGAAUGUCCCCCAGCCCCAGUGCCCUUUCCAAGUUGCCCCCCAAAGGACGGGCCUCCCACUACACUAGUACCCUUGUCCAGAAAUGGGGAAGCAGCUCCAUUUUGUUUCAUGUUUAUUUCCCCCAAUGCCCUGGGGAGCAUUCGCAAAUUAGGUGCAAUAAAUAAGUUGGACUAUAGAAAGAUACAUAAUAAAUAAGCUUUCAGUGUUUCUUGGAAGAUAGGAAGCAUUUGAAUGGGUUUCUUUUUAUUUUUGGAAGUAUUCUGAUGAAAGGGGAAGUGGUGAGAAAUAAUGGGAGUUCUGUAGUUCUCCAGAAAUUAAAGCAAUUUCAGAGUCAAGGUAGAAUUUAUUUUUUCUCUAAGGUUUCAUUUUAAUGGUGGAAAACAUUACUGUUUCAGUGUUUUUUAAAGAUGUAAAUUUCGAAUGGCUAAAAGAAUGUUUCGUGGUUUUGAUCUUUGCGUAUAAUUUGCUUUUUAAAAAGAAGCAUUAUUUGUAGUCACUUGGAGGUUCAAUGGGUUAUAGGUAUGUUUAGAAACCAAAAAAGAGUCGGCUCAUUUUUUAGAAGGGCCCGUUUUCCGGGUCUUCCCCCUCAGUGGACAGUGAAUGAAAACUUUGAUUGUCUUUCAUUUGUUUCCUCAUCGAAAAUUCCUCCUCUGGGUGCGGUUUGCCAGAGCAGGCCCCGUGGCCCUCUGCUCUGGGGGGGUUCCGAUCACUGAAACCGGGGAGGAAGAGUCAUAAGCCUAAUAUGAUCUUACCGGGUCUCAAAGACAUUCUGGUGGCUUCUCUGCGCUUCCCAAAGUGGACACGUGGGACUGGGAAGGGUGUCUGUGGUUUGGGGCGGCUUUUCCUCGGCAUGGUUGGAAAGCCGGGAAUGUUUUUGGCAGUUUCGGUGCUCAGUUCCUAGAGCCUGCUGGACCUGGGAGGACUCCCAAGAAGGCAGGUGUGAAGACGAUGUUUCACUUUUACUUCAGUGUGAAUGGAGAACCGAAGGCUCGUCUGCACCCAAUGCCUCAAAGUGCCUUGUCAAGAAACGUCCGCAUGUUUAAAAAAUAAAUAAAUAUUUUUGUA